CAUUGGAAUGCCCAGAAGUCGCGCGAGAAGCCCCGGAAUUCAUGCAAAGCUGUGGGCAGAGUGCCAGCGAGGCCUUUAUUUUGCAACAACCCAAAAACCUCCACGAUCCCGCUAGCCGAGCUCAGUGUUUGUCACACUUCUGUCCAGGCAAGAGGGCACUCAUUGCAUCCACCAAAGGUUCCUGAGGGCAGAAAAGUAGUUCAUCUCGUGCAUUACCCAAUUUAUUCCCUUGAAGACACAUCACAGCUGCCGGAAAAAAUGGCUCAACUCCUUCGACAGAUUGUACGGUCAACAGCUCUCCCUGGUGCGCGAUGUUUCAGCUCUCAGGCUGCAGAGAGCCUUGGACCGAGCUUCCAGCUGUCAGAGCUUCAGAAUGAUUUCCAACAAGCUGCCCGGAAGUUUGCAAGAGAAGAAAUUAUUCCAGUUGCUGCACAUCACGACCGCACGGGUGAAUACCCGUGGGAUAUCAUCAAGAAAGCCCACAGUAUGGGGCUGAUGAACCUCCACAUCCCAAAAUCCGUCGGUGGCAUGGAACUCAAUACCCUCACGACGUGCAUUGUGGCUGAGGAGCUGGCGUAUGGGUGUACGGGGAUUUUCACAGCUCUCGAAGCAAGUACCCUGGGGCAGACACCGGUACUCAUUGCUGGGAAUCCGGAGCAGAAGAAGAAGUACCUGGGACGUUUGUUGGAGGAACCCCUUGUGGCUGCUUAUGCUGUCACCGAACCCGGAGCUGGGAGUGAUGUAAACGGUGUGAAGACACGUGCUGAGCGCAAGGGGGAUGAAUACAUUCUCAAUGGGCAGAAGAUGUGGAUUACAAAUGGUGGCGUAGCUAAUUGGUACUUUGUCCUGGCACGCACAAAUCCCGAUCCAAAGGCUUCAGCUAGCAAAGCCUUCACGGGAUUUAUUGUUGAGAGAGAUUUUCCGGGAGUUAUUCCCGGGAGGAAGGAAAUAAAUAUGGGCCAGAGGGCUUCAGAUACACGUGGUAUCACCUUUGAGGAUGUGAGGAUCCCAAAGGAGAAUGUACUGAUUGGCGAGGGAGCGGGAUUCAAGGUAGCAAUGGGAACUUUCGACAAAACACGCCCACCUGUGGCUUCUGGGGCAGUUGGGCUGGCUCAACGAUGCCUCGAUGAAGCCACCAAGUACUCACUAGAGAGAAAGACCUUCGGAGUACCCAUUGCACAUCACCAGGCUGUCUCCUUUAUGCUAGCCGAUAUGGCAAUUGGCGUGGAGACUGCUCGUUUGGCUUACUGGAGAGCCGCCUGGGAGGUUGAUCAAGGACGUCGCAAUACGUACUACGCAUCAAUUGCAAAAGCCCACGCUGCAGAUUUAGCCAAUAAAAUUGCCGCUGAUGCUGUUCAGAUCUUCGGUGGCAACGGCUUCAAUUCAGAGUACCCAGUGGAGAAGCUAAUGCGUGAUGCGAAAAUCUACCAAAUCUACGAGGGAACUUCUCAGGUGCAGAGACUGAUUAUCUCCAGGGAAAUGCUGGCAAAGCAGGGCACACAAUAAGGGAAUUUUGUGAGAUUUUCUUUUUCAAAAUGAAUUCCUUUCAAGUAUUUUCUACCUGGCAAUAAAUUUUUUUGUGGUUUUUGUAA